GACGUAUUAUUUCUCCUUUCCGCUGCAAAGUUUCUUACCGAGAAGACGUACUUUGCCUAGCUCCCAAGCUGUUGUGUUCUCUUGUCUUCCAUCAUUCAAAGUUACUAGAAUAUGGUCUUAUUCUAGUAACCUUGCUAUCAUUGUGUAUCAAGUCGUAUCUAGUAACUAGUAUCUAUACGACAACAUACCGCCAUUUUAUUUAGCUUUGCUAAUUAAAUUACCGCUCUCAAGUAAUUACCCAGGAGUUGUAAUUACUUUACCGCUAUCGAAUGAUAAUUAUUUAUUAUUUUGAUAAUCAAAUUACCGUAACCAGAUAGCUGGUUGACCAACUACCGAAUCCACGUGUGUUGAGACGAAGCGGCAACGUGUGAGUGCUUUUGCUGUCCAAAGGAGUAACAUCUUCCGCAAACGCGAGAUGUUUUCCAAAAGCGUAGAAGACCUCCUGGCCGAGUUGACGAGGGUAAUGCUCGAUGCACCUGAGCUUAACGACCCAGAUUCCGACCCGGAGUCAGAGAUGACCAUCGAGGAAGUCUCUAGGGAGGACCCAAAAGAUCUGAUGGAUCUACCGGAGCCUCCGAGAGAGCUACCGCAGAUGUCAGAUGCGAGCACGCAGACCUCCGCAGCCACGAAACCAAUAACGUUUGCUGCACCUAGUAAAACGAAAUAUAUCAAACUAUCCAGAGUCCCAGUCGGAUACCCUGCGGCGACGUUGGCAACAACUGCUACCGAUAAACCGGAAGUGCCGCGACUUGCCGUAAAGCAGGUGACUUCAUCCCCAGUGACAGGGAAACAGGAGGUGACCAAUGAAGUUGGACAGAGUCAAGACCCGACUCACUCGUCGACCGGAAAAGGUCGAUCGACCAAGCGACCAUGGCUAGCAUCAUCAGCCCCUGGCCCACCACCAGUCAACAAGACCAAGGGUUCCACUGGACCAGUGGCGACGUCCACGUCAACUAUGGAGCCACACCGAGAUACGACUGUCAAGAAGCAGCGUCAAUCCUCUCCUCAGCCUCGUGCGAAAAGACGGAGACGGUCUCGCAAGAGACACCGUCCAUUACCGCCACAUAUGCAGCCGCUUUGUUGGAACUGCCACCGAGAAGGCCACCGCUACUCGGACUGUCCCGAGAAGACUGAGCAGGGCCUCACCAAGUUCUGUCGACGAUGCGGACGAACGGGCGUUACCCUAGGCGAGUGCCCGACUUGUCAGAAUCAGUGGGAGCGUGAAGUACGACACUAUCCCAGCGCUGGACGCUAUGUACCGAUAGAGGAGUUUGAAUGGUAUAACCAAGGAAAAGCCUUUGAAAAUUUCUACCAAAGAGAGCCGUGAACGAGUCAUUACCGUUCCGAAUUCUAGUCUGAAUUACCGAGUGAUGUACCGCGAAAUGGAGUAUCACAAUAAAAAUGAUACGUCGUUGUUAUCGCGGUAGAAAAAAAUUUCUUAUUUCUCGCCUCCGGGCGGAAAGCGUCAACUUUCGUCCUGCUGUGCAAAACGAAGUUGCCGCUUUCCGCAUCCGUCGAGGAGAAAAAUAGUAUACACUCCUCGGGAAGUAAAUAAGAAAGCCUCAGAUCACAUGUUUGUGGUUGGUUGGCUUCGCCUCGGCCAACAAUUACAUGUGGUCUGAAACAUUUCUUACUUUACUGCCCUAGGUAUGUAAUAUCCCUGCUUAAAAAAUCCGAUAGAUUCUUAUAACUGUAUAGACCCUAUACUUAACUAUAACACUUCUCAUAGAACUCAUUCAUUCAUAUAAAAUCUCUGUGGGAAUUUAUGAAAAUCUAUUGGAUUUUAUGAGACUUUCUAAACAGGGAUACUAAUUUAUCCUGCCCGUAUUUAGCUUACGAUGGAGACGUAUGUCCUGGAUGACAUCUUACCGCUAUAGACUUGCGUCUGAUACUGCCACGUAAAUGAUAUUUUUUUCUUGAUGUCUAAUGAAAUUUUUAUAUAAAUUUACACUUGUAUAAAUAUAAAUUACUUAAAAUUCAAUGCGUAUCCUCGUGGAAUUUAAAAAUUUUUUCAUGAAAAUUGUUAAGAAAUGGAUAAAAAUAAAAAUGAAUAUAAAGUCAAUUUAUUAUUAUUAAAUUAAUUAACAUAGUAAAUUAUAUUUUUGCAAAUUACAAGACUUGUUCAUAAUUACAUUGUUAUAUAUAUUUAUUAUAUUAUCAAUAAUUUCAAUUAAU